GGCAUGCCUGUGGGUGAUCAAGACAAAUCCUGGGCACCUCAUUUCGCGUGUGAAAACUGCAAAAGGACUUUGGAAGGAUGGUACAGAGGGGAAAAGAGAGCUAUGAAGUUUGCUGUGCCAAGAGUUUGGAGAGAACCCACUGACCAUUCAAGCAACUGCUUUUUCUGCAUGGUGGACCCUUCCAAACGUCGGACUGGCAAAAAAGCAAGUCAAAUCAUGUAUCCUGACAUUCCUUCAUCCAUGGCUCCAGUUCCACACAGCUCUGACCGCCCCGUUCCUACUCCUCCAGAGAAAGAGCAGGUGUCUUCCUGUGAGAGCCCUGAUUCCAUGAGUGUGGAAGACAAUGAAGGUGAAGGAUUUAAUUUACUAGCUGAUAACAAAAACCCAUACUAUCCCAACCAAAAGGACAUGAAUGAUUUGAUCAGAGAUCUUGGUCUAACCAAGUCCGAUGCUGAACUUUUGACGUCCAGACUGAUGCAGUGGAAUUUGCUGGAUCCUAGUGUUAAAGUCACAUGUCAGAGGAAGCGUCCAAUGAGAACAUGAUGGGAGAUUACAUUUGGGGAUUGAUUAGAGAAAGUGACUCGCAGUUUAAACGCAAAUGUCGAAAAACCACCCGCUUCUGAUUUACUUUUAUGUUUUUGGUUUUCUGAAGUUUUAAUAAAAUUUAGUUUUGAUUUAUA